AUAUCAUUUUAUUUUUAUGAAGAAAAAUUUAAAUAGAAUAAAUAGUGAUGGUGUUAAAUCGAAUCCAUUACAUCGUCUUCAGGACAAAAUCCGAAUUGGACCUAAACCCAACAUGGUGGAAACGGAGGACAAGUAUGGAAAGAAUCUUAAUGUUAAGUGGAAUCCUGGUUGGUUUAAUUGCAGUAUCGUUAGCUGUAGCCUUGGGAAUAGUACUAUGCAAAAGUCGAGAUAUUUCAGAAACAGGUGCCCUUUAUAAUGCAGAGGCGCUCAACGGCAACACAAUCAUUGAAGCUUAUCCCGGAAGUAAUAAAGAACACAAAACAAAGGUGUGUUUAACACCGGGAUGUAUUCACACAGCAUCAAAAGUUUUGGAAACUAUCGAUGAAUCCGUUGAUCCAUGCGAUGAUUUUUACGAUUUCGCCUGCGGGAAUUUCGUGAAAAAAACCAACAUCCCCGAUGAUAAAUCUUCAGUGACCACGUUUAGCGUAAUCAGCGAUUUACUCCAAGAACAAUUAAGAACGAUGAUUGAAGAGCCAAUACGAAAAGAUGAACCUAAACCUUUCGUUUUAACCAAGAAGUUAUACAGAGCUUGUAUGAAUAAAACCCUCAUUGAAAAAGACGGUUUAAAAACAAUUAAAGGAAUCGUGAAUGAGUUAGGGGGAUGGCCCGUACUCGAAGGAGAUAAAUUCAAAGAUCAAGAAUUUGAUUGGAGACAAACUAUUUAUAAAUUUAGAAAAUCUGGGUAUAGCGUUGAUUAUCUCAUUGAUUUCUCAGUAGCUAUUGAUCUUAAAAAUUCAACGAAACGCGUUAUUGAUUUGGAUCAAGCAUCUUUGGGACUAAGACGCGAAUUUUUAAUAAAAGGAGUCGAAGAUAAAUUAGUGAAAGCUUAUUACGACUACAUGGUUGAUAUAGCAGUAAUUUUUGGGGCAAACAAAACCAACGCCGAAAAAGAACUUAAGGAAUCGCUCGAUUUCGAAAUCAAACUAGCUAAUAUUUCACUUCCAAACGAAAAACGACGAAACGCUUCCGCUUUAUACAAUCCGAUGACCGUUUCCGAGCUUCAAUCCAAAUAUCCGAUUGUUAAUUGGAAGGAAUACUUUAACGUUCUUUUGGCGCCCGAUACGAAAGUUGAUGAUAACGAAGUGGUUAUCGUUAGUAUUCCGAAAUAUCUCAAAGAUUUCGAUGAUUUAAUAAAGAAUACUUCGAAAAGAACGCAAGCUAAUUAUUUACUUUGGAGAGCCGUCGCUUCAUCGGUAUCUUAUUUAAACGACGAAUUAAGAAAUAGGCAACUUCAAUAUCACACAAUAGCAACUGGAAAGACUGAGAGGGCUUCGAGAUGGAAGGAAUGUAUCGAAAUUGCAGCAGGAAGUUUAGGAAAUGCUGCCGGUGCUUUAUACGUAAGAAAAUAUUUUAAUGAAGACGCAAGACAAAAUGCAAUCAAAAUGGUGAAAGAUAUCAGAACGGAGUUUGUUGAAAUUGUGAAAAAAGUUGAUUGGAUGGAUGAGAAAUCGAGAAAAAGAGCGUUAGAGAAAGCUCAAGCGAUGUCAACACAUAUUGCUUAUCCGGAUGAGUUAUUAGAUGAUAAGAUUCUGGAGAAAUUUUAUCAAGAUUUGGAGUUAGAUUCGGAAAAAUACUUAAUGUCUGUUAUUAAUUUAACCCAAUUUGCAACGAGAUUUUCUUUCAACCGUUUAAGACAACCAGUUAAUAAAACCGAUUGGAUUACUCACGGAAGACCAGCGAUUGUAAACGCUUUUUAUUCAGCAAUCGAAAACAGCAUCCAAUUUCCCGCUGGAAUUCUACAAGGAGUUUUCUUCAGCAAUGAUCGUCCGAAAUAUAUGAACUACGGCGCAAUAGGAUUCGUAAUAGGUCACGAAAUCACUCAUGGUUUCGACGAUCAGGGUCGACAAUUCGACAAGGACGGAAAUUUGGUGGACUGGUGGGAACCGGAAACGCAACAAUCGUUUGUAAAGAAGGCACAGUGCAUCAUCGAUCAAUACAGCAAUUUUACCGUACCGGAACUUGGAAUAAACUUAAACGGCAUUAACACGCAAGGCGAGAACAUUGCUGAUAACGGUGGAAUAAAAGAGGCGUAUUUCGCUUAUGAACGUUGGGUAAAGAAGCACGGUGAAGAACCGAAACUACCCGGUUUGAAGUACAACGGACGACAAAUGUUUUGGCUGUCGAUGGCGAGCGUUUGGUGCGCAAGAACCCGAUUAGAAGAGAUGAGGCAACUAGUCGUAGCCGACGAACACGCCCCGGACAAAUUUCGCGUUGUAGGAACCGUUAGUAACAUGCGCGAAUUCGCCAAAGAUUUUAAUUGUCGUCUCGGCUCAAAAAUGAACCCGAAACAUAAGUGCCAACUGUGGUAGAUCAUUAAUUAUUAGAAAUUUAUUAAAGAAGAGACAUCAUCAGAAGACGUAUUUAUUUUUAUUAAGUAUUUUUUUAAUCUUUUUCGUUGAUUUUCGAUUAAAGUAGACGCGAAAAAGUUUUUUUGUAUACAUCACGAUCUCUUUUUAGUUUUUGUUUUGUUGUGUUGCUCAUUGUAUUGUAGAUUCAUUUUUUUACGCAUCCGGAAGUGCCAUUGUGUCUAUUAUCUAUUGGUUUUUUUUUUGCACAAAAACUAUAGUAUUUAAUCACUUUAACUUGGAAAUAAAUUUAAAAGCGGGGCUGAUAUUAAUUCUUUUUUCAUGUUUUUUUUUUAACAGGGCGAUUCAAUAAAGUGGAUUGAUUUGGGUCAUUUUUAACAAAAAUUCACUUAACUAAAUCACUCUGUAUAUUGUACAUAACUUUAUUUUUUAGGAUGAUUAUGAAAAAAGCGGAAGUUUAAUAUAAUAUAUGGUACAUGUCUAAAUAAUAAUGAUAGUUAGAAUAAUAAACGCUGAGACUGAUCGAGGGAAA